CCUAAACAUACCGUAUGGAUGUUCGGCCUGUUUUCAUAAUGGCUCCAAAUUUCUUCGGCUAGUGCAUUGUUCAAAUGGAGAGGCUUUCAUCACGCUGCACAUUGUUUGGGAAUAACGAUGCAAUCAUCCACAGCAAACCAACAACACAACACAAAACACAAACACAUGCCAACAAAGAAGAAACGCGCAUGUCACUCGCAGAGGCUCAUGGGUAUUAGUAAGGAAGUAAAAUGGCGGACUUGGCAAAUGAUGAAAAACCUGCCAUAGCGCCACCUGUCUUCGUGUUUCAGAAAGACAAAGCUCAGAAGAGGUCUCUGGAUGGGUCCAGUGCAGAAGAUGGAGAGGACUCGGAUAAAGAAGACUACAGCCCUCCCGUCAAGAGGGAGAGAACCUCCUCACUAACACAUUUCCCACCCUCCAAUUCUGUUUCCAAGAACAAUGUGUUCAUGCCAUCCACUUUCUGCCAGUCUCCGACUGGAAAUUCGGAUUCGGAACCAGAGGAGAAGGCGGUUGGCUUUCGCCUGAAACCCCCGACUCUGAUCCAUGGCCAGGCUCCUAGUGCAGGAGUGCCCAGUCAGAAGCCUAAGGAACAGCAGCGGAGCGUCCUUCGCCCUGCUAUGCUCCAGGCCCCCCCGACCAAGGUCUUCAACCAGAGCAACUCCAAGAGCAGUAGCAAUGGGGUCAACCAGGAGUCGGAGGGCAAGGAGGAUUCUGCAGAGGCACGGGCAAGUGAGAAGGCAGAGGAUGCAAGUGGGGAGGCGGGGGACACGGCCGUGGGAAAAAGGCCCUCGACGGGAGCGGGAGCAGCAGCAGCAGCGGAGGCUCCGUUUGUGUUCGGACAAAACCUCCGAGACCGGGCCAAGGUGGAAGAAAACAGCGAUUCAUCAAAAAGCAAAGACACGGCCUCUCUAUCGACAGAAUCAGAGGAAACCAAUUACUUCCUACAGUAUAUAAACACCACAGGGCCCAGCCAGCCUGCCAGCAACGCUGACUCCAGUGCGAAGUUUGUGUUUGGACAGAACAUGUCUGAUCGCGUCCUGAGUCCCCCCAAAUGCAGUGAAGCGUCAGUGGAGACCAGUAAAGAGUCCUCGUCAUCCGCUCCCCUCUCAGAGCCCACCAGCUCCUCACACGACAGCAGCCCAGAGAAGGAUGGCAGCAGUGCGGCUGCGGAGUCUCUGGAGCAGUCUGCGGCGGCGUACACCAAGGCCACGGCCAAGAGGUGUCUUCUGGAGAAGGUGGAGGUGCGCACCGGAGAGGAGGCCGAGAGCAACGUGCUGCAGGUGCAGGGCAAGCUUUUCGUGUUCGACAAGACGACCCAGUCGUGGAUCGAGAGGGGAAGAGGUCUUCUCCGACUUAAUGACAUGGCGUCAACAGAUGAUGGAACGCUUCAGUCGAGAUUGGUGAUGCGGACCCAGGGCAGCCUGCGUCUGAUCCUCAACACCAAGCUGUGGCCUCAGAUGCAGGUGGACAAGGCCAGUGAGAAGAGCAUCCGCAUCACCGCCAUGGACACAGAGGACCAGGGCGUCAAGGUCUUCCUCAUCUCGGCCAGCUCCAAGGACACGGGUCAGCUGUUUGCGGCGCUGCACCACCGCAUCCUGGCGCUGCGUAGUCGGGCGGAGCAGGAGCCAGAGUCCAAGCUGCCCCCCGUCCUGCUGCUGCCGGAGCUGGCCCGCGCCCCCGAGGAGGACAGCGACGAGGAGAACCAGAACCAGAAUCAGAACCAGCAGCAUGGCUCCAGCACCACGUCAGCCGGCACCAGCUCGCCCUCCCAGACCACUGCUGCUGCUGCCAGCACCACUGCUCCUUCACCCACACCCGCACCCUCAAGCGGUGAGGCAGAAGAAGGGGAGACCGUGCCCAAAGAGAGCACAUAACCUCAGCUCCUCUCCUCUCCCCCUCUCCCUCUCCUCUCCCCCUCUCCCUCUCCUCCCCUCCUCUCCUCUCCCCUCUCCCUCCUCCCCUCCUCUCCUCUCCCCCUCUCCCUCUCCUCCCCUCUCCUCCCCUCAUCUCCUCUCCCCUCUCCUCCCCUCUCUUCUCCUCUCCUCUCUUCUCUUUUCCUCUCCUCUCCUCUCCUCUCUUCAUCUGCUUAUCUCUCUCUCUUUCUCUCUGUUACACACAAAGCCUCUUCCAUCCCCUUGCGCUGUCCAACCUCUCGUCUCUCUCUCUCGCUCACAUUCUCUCUCCUCUGCUUCGGUCGUUCCCCUACUUCACCUCUCUCGCCUGUUCCACUCUCGCCCUCCUUCCUGUGGACUGAAGUGGCUUCAUUGCCACCCGACAGCCCUCCUCUCUCCCUCCCAACAGACACUGUGCUGGUACCCCCUCUUACUCCUCCUCCCCCUUCUUCUCCUCCUCCCCCUCCUCCAUCCCUGGGUCCUCCAUCUCUCUCCUUCGUCUCCCGGUGUGUCUGCAGUGGAGGGCGUGGUGGUCUGCCGAGCUCCUCCAGCACCCCCUACUGGCCCUGUGCGGAAGCCUCAUCAUAUUGAUGAGUCGACGGCCGUUGCAUUGGAAUGGAAGGAUCUUUUAAGGUUUGAGGGUGACUGGAGAUUUUUUUUUUUUUUGGUCUUUUUUUCCCCUUUUCGAUUUUUUUUUUGUGUGUUUGUGGGUCAUCUUUGAUCCAUUUGCAUUUUAUCCGUCUGUCCACAGCAGUAGAAGUAGUACCUCCUGAAGGCCUUGAAAUUGAUGCGGAGAGAAAAUAGAAGAGGUUAGUCUAGCCAGCCAGUCCUCAAUUUCACACCAUUCAUUCACACAUUUAUUUUCUUCUCAUGGAGUAGUCUCUAACAUAUCUGUGAAUCACAAACUUUUAUCUUUUAUAAAGACGGAUCAUUGUUAGCCGCUUUUCUGUUAAGUCAUUGGGAGGAUAUGCCUCCUUGCGUUUUCUAGAAAAUUUCGGUUGUAUCUAUUUUUCGUUUCACCCUCUUGUAAGGUCUGCCAAGACCCAUCAAAACUAUUAGAGGAGGUUAAUAAAUCAUUUGAAAGACAUUUUUUUUUAAAUCACAUAUUUAUACACCACUGAACGAUGACUAUUUCCAUCAUCAUAGAAAAGACUUGGUGAUGAUUUAACUUAUUAACAUGUUAGUCUUAGUCUUUUUAAUUUGGACUGUUUAAGUGUGGUUUAGUGACCAUUUCCAGAUAGCCAUAAAAUAGAGGAAAGAUGACAGAAUUUCCUUAUAACAUUUGUCAUGCAGUUUGAUACUUAAGCCGCAUUGGAAUAUGAAGUCGACCUGGCGAGCUAUGCUGUAAAAAGAAGAGAGUGCCCCAAAGACAGUUCUGGCUAUUACCGUUAAAAUGGUUUCAUUGCUUCGACAGAUAAACACCUCCCUUCCCCCUCUCAAACCCCUCAUGUCUGUAACUGUUUACAAUAAGAACAUAUCGCAUGUUUGCAAACUAUACUGCCAUUACUGGCUUGUCUGAGAGAGAGACGGUUCCGUACACAGAGCAGGCUUCAUUUCAGUGUUUCACAAAUACAAUGGUGUUUGUUCAGUACUUCUUAAGAGAUAUAGAUUAAUAAAAGUUGAUCUAAUUUCCUUCAGUGAAGCGUAGCUACCCUUUUUUUUUUAAAGAAGAAAAAAAAAAUAUUUCUUUUCCUCAGAGCGGUGAGACGAAAUACUCUUUGAAUCCUUGUAUUAUAUUGUACUCCUCAUCUUGUACUACAAAAAAGCCUUUGAUGUGAAAAAUAUGUAUUUUAACUACAAAAAACAUUACUAAGAAAAAGACAAAAAAAAUUACUUGUAGUAUUAUCGAGUUGAAGAUGUUGAAAUCUAUAUGUAUAUUACUGAGCGAGCAGCCUUGAGGUGUUGUAAAGGAUAAUCCGAUUUAUUUUGUACUUUCUUCUGGGCAAACUAUAGAUUUGUCACUUUGUUUAUAUGUGUGUUACGUGUUUUGUCUUUUGUUUUUGUUUUUUCUUUCUUGUCGUCUACCACAUUCGCUACAUCCUGCUGUGUAGCAGGCAAACAGGGCAGUUUCCUAUGGGCACAGGGCUCAGAUAUGAAUGUAAGGCAUUUGUCUUUGUUAAAGGGCCGGAAUUCUUCAGCACUUUUCUUCUUCUUCCUCCUCUUCUGCUUAUCUUUCUUUUCCUCCUUUCUUCUCCCCCUUUCUUCUUCUUCUUGUUCUGACUCACCCACUUUGUCUCACCCUACUCUCUCGUUCUCUAUUAUCUCUCCCAUCAAUAUGAAUUUAAACUAUUUAAAUACAUUAGCAGGGGUUGAACAUUGAUCAAAAAUGUGUCUUAUCAAGGUCAAUGUUGAAGUGGUUAAGUGGUAGUUUUCCAUCUACGAGUACAAAUGUUUACAUUCUGGCUUUUAAAAACAGUUGAUAUUGUAAUUUUAGGACUUGGCCCACAUAAGAGCUGUUUGCUUUAAAUGUUUGUUUUAUCAUCCAUUUUGUCCCUGUCCCUCCUUCACCAUGGUUGGGCUCUGGUUCAUGUCAUUAUAAAUCUUUAAAAUAAAAAUUGUUUUGGGAGCCACAGCCUUUGAAUUUUAUAUAGCCAGUUUCUGUAAAGAUAAAAAAAAGUGCUGAAGUUGCAUUAUUGUUCAUUUCAUGACAGGUCAAGUCUGAUCUACAAACAAGGCUUAUUUAUCGCAGUCCCUAAGUCUCGCCCUGUUUAAUCAAAGGAGCGGCAAGGGGUGGGCAAUAUGUCAAAAAUGUCAUAUCACGAUUUCAUAACAUAACAUUUCGAUUCUGAUUUUUUUUAAAAUUAUUAUCAGGAUCUUCGAUCGAAAAAAUAAAAAACAACAAAAAUGUGUUAUAUACUUGCAAUUUGUAAUUGGCUAUUAAAUAUAAACACACUGAUGGCACUCUCAUAAAGUGCACAAUUGAGAUACAAUAAUGUAAAGAAUAAAAGUGAAGUCAACAACACUAAGUAAGUAGACAUCACUCUGAUACUGAUAGUAAACAUCCUCACUGCAAGACGAUCUAUACGAUUUCUCCACUUUGGCAAAUUAGAGACGAUCUUGUACUCCAUUCCACGAUUUGAAAUCGUCGUAGCGCCCACCCCUACGAGCGGCGGUAACCAGGCUUGUCCAUGCUUUUCCAGGCGCAUAUCUGGAUACAAAUGACAACUUGCAGUGUCCUAGCAAAGAGAUGAAAUGUUGAACACAGUGAGAGCACCAGCAUGUGAGAGCACCAGCUCUUGUCAUGGCCUUGGACUCUAUUACUUUAUCUGGACAUUGUUUAUUUAGUUUGAGUGAAGUGUACUCAGAUCUGGGAAAGUAAUUACUAACCAAUCAGCCCAUCGGUGGUAUCCAGAAACGUGCAGGUUGGCUGUCCGUGCUGUUGACUUACUGACUGACGAAAUGUUCCUGGUCUCGUGUGUGUUUUUUGCAAAAGCACUGUUGCAGGCGGCGUACAGUGUAGACAUGGGACGUCCCAUAUAGGCAGGUAGUUCAGUUCGAGGAGGCAUUUCUAUACCUCAUAUGUUCUCCAUUAUCACACACUCGCAGUCACACUAAGAAAACGGGCCAAGAACAAAAAAAAUGCUCUUUAACAUUCAUAUCUAAACCACGUGUGCCGUUUUACUUUUUCCAGAGCCACGCACUACACAACACACACAGUGAACAAUGCGGUUCUUUAUUAUUAUUAUUCAGGUAAUUCACCUGAAUGGCCACUGUGGUCUCAAUCACAACACCUGUUAGCACUGUGCCACACUAAUAAGCCACUUUGCCCGUGUGACUCAGCUAUGUUUCAACCCAACCCGAUGCCAGUACUGUAAUAUGACAAUAUGCGCCCGUUUAAAAAAAAAAAAAACCCAUCUACUCGAUACGUUGAGCGCAAGCGAGUGAGCGCAUGCUCCAUGACGCCACUUUGCACAGGUAUCAGACCUCAAGCGAACCUGAUUGUGUUUGAGGUUUUUGUUUCGUUAGUAGGGAGGUCCUUUCAUGUUUUUGGUGGUGUUGCCCUCACCCCUCUUGUCCCUCGUGUUUGCCAGUGGCUCUUUGUGAUUCGUGCAUCAUUAUCGUAUAGCCCCCAGCCCUCAAACCUGUUUUAGUUUUUGUUUUUGUUUUGUUUGUCCUGGUCAGUAAGUUUGCCUUUGGUAGGGUUAUAGGAAUGGAGUGUCUUGUUGAUGUUGGGUUGUUUUUUUAUUAUUUAAUCUGUGAACAGAUUAUUUCUUUAUUCACAUUGAUAAUGAGUCAAAAAAGAGCCUCAGCUAUGAGCUAAGAAAUUGGGGGAUUUUAUUUCAACGGAUCUACAGUAAGGGCCUAUGUAGCAGUCAACUAGAGAGUUGUUGGUUGGUCGGUCGAGCUGAAUUUUUUUUUGAACGAUGGCCCUGCCUACACUAUGACCGCUCCAUUGUGCCGCUAAUAUUAAUCAGGCCAUGCAGUCAAACCUCAUGGAGGGGUAGAUGCCUAUUCUGACCAUUCAAAAAAAAAAAAAAAUCUGUGUAAAUUGUCUCUCAUUGCUUUGAGCUUUAGCAAUAAAAAGUGCAACAACAAAAAAAUAAAACAUUAAUUAAAAAGAAAAGUUCAAAGCAGCUAACUGCUGAAACAUGUUGUUAUGUAAAGGUUUAUGUACAAUUGUCAUAUCAAAUGUAUUUGAGAAUUACAUUAAAAUUUUUAACAGUACCAUG